UUACGAUGGACGUGCGUUAACUUAAGUCAAGGAGUUUGUCUUUGCGCUGCGUGUCUACUAACCAGGGAAGGAGUGCACCUCCUGUUAAGUCCUAUAUAUUGGAAAACGUAGAAUAAAUCACUCCACUUACAUAAAUAAGCAAGAUAUGGCAGCCUUGAGCAAUACUACUAUGAAGACUUUGGAGGAUUUGACCCUUGACUCUGGAUAUGGAGCCGGUGAUUCUUACAGAUCCCUCAGCUUGUCCUCCUCCAAGUCCAACUCGCAGGCGCUCAUCAGCUCUCCACAGCGAGGGAACUGGUGGAGCUACACGGAUUCCAUGAACAGCAGAAACAACAGCUGGGACACAGUGAACACGGUGCUUCCUGAAGACCCAGAGGACAUCUUCUCCAAAUGUCCGAGGCUACCAGAGUUAGAAGAGUUCCCUUGGACAGAUGAGGAGUUCGAUGUUUUCCUGCGUAAAGUUGCUGGAGAGUCUUUCACACCAGAGAGCGUCAGGAGUCUGUCACUGCUUAUGCGCAGAGCUUUGUUGCGGAUCUCCAGAGAGGCGCAGCGGUUGAGUGUCGUGCACUGCAGGUGCACGCGGUUCGAGGUGCAGAGCGCUAUGAGACUGGUCAUGAGCUGGGCGCUGGCGGAAAGCUGCGUCUCGGCCGCGGUCAGAGCCAUCUCGCUGUACAGCAUGAGCGCCGGAGAGGUCCUGCGCAAGAGCAAGUCCUCCCGCUGCACACUGAGUCUGUCUGUCGGACGCUUUUUCCGCUGGAUGGUGGACACUCGCAUCUCAGUGCGCAUUCACGAGUACGCGGCCAUCUGUUUGACCGCUUGCAUUGAAAAUCUAGUGGAGGAGAUCGGGCUCCGUGUGCUGGCGGCGCAGAGCGGGAUCAACACCUCUCCAGUGACCCCUGAGGCGCUGGAGGCUGUCGUCAGCAAUGACGCGGAGAUAUUUGGUCUCGUUCAGAACUUUGAACAUCUCAUCUGCGGGAAGAACGCCAAUGGUGAGCUAUCCCUGCCUGCUCAUUUCAGCCCCAAUGCUGAGGGGUCAGACCCAGCGGUGGAGAGCAGAGAGAAUGCCUACGCACAGCUGGAGCUCAGGACGCUGGAGCAGGCCCUGCUGGCUACCUGUGUGGGCAGCCUCUCUGAACUCAGUGACUUGGUCUCACGUGCAAUGCACCAUAUGCAGCGUUUAGUUUCAGCAAGUCCCAGUCUUAGUCCUGGACGUCCUUUCUGCCUGCAGCCCAUCUCCUGGUCUCCAGAUGCUCUUCACACACUCUAUUACUACCUACGCAGCCCACAGAUGGAGUCUCUGGAGAACCCCAACCUUGAGCCACCCAGGAUAGCCCUUAGCAAAGAAAGGCCUUUUCCUCUUCUUCCUCCUCUGAUGGAGUGGAUGCGAGUCUCUAUGGUGCAUGCGGAGCAUCGAUGGAGCCUGUUAGUGGACAGUGAUGAUGUCAGACAGGCUGCCCGACAGCUACUUCCUGGACUGGACUGUGAACCUCGACAGCUCAAGCCAGAGUGCUGUUUCACCUCCUUUAAACGUCUAGAUUCAAAGGCUGCCGCAGACAAGUUUAAUCUGGAUCUUGGUUUCCGGAUGCUCAACUGUGGCCGCACUGAUCUGAUUGGCCAGGCUAUCCAGCUUCUGGGCCGGGAUGGGGUAAACACAAUGGAUGACCAGGGCAUGACUCCUCUGAUGUACGCCUAUGCUCAUUUUCUGAAUAACACAGAGAUGUCUGAUGUGAUAUUUGUGGUGGAGGGAAGGCCGUUUUAUGCCCACAGAGUUCUGCUCAUGUCUGCUUCACAGAGGUUCAGAGACUUGCUGAGUCUCUACAGGAGUAAUGGCACAUCAGACCACAUGGCUAUUGAAAUCACUGACAUAAAAUACAGCACGUUCCAGAUGAUGAUGGCACAUCUUUACUGUGGAGGAGCAGAAUGUUUAGACGUGUCUGUGUCGGAUUUGCUGGAGCUUCUUCCCGUGGCCCACUCAUUCCAGCUUCAAGUUUUGAAGAGACACUGUGAAAUCCUCUGCUCAGAGAGAAUAAACCUCAACAACGCUGUGAGCAUCUACCAGACUUCCAAAGUGUGUGAGGCGGUGGAGCUGGCAGUGUUCUGUGAAGGCUUCUUCCUGCAGAACAUAGUUGAUAUUCUGGACUGUGAGCAGUUUGAGGAGCUGCUGCUGGGUUCUGACUGCAGCACUGCGCUGGAUCCAGAUGCUCUGGAUGGUCUUCUGGCUACACUGACCUCACGGCUGCACUCACUUUGUGGGCCGCGUCGAGCUUGAGCACAUGAGGAAAACUAUUGUUGGAAAACCAACAAAACUCAGAUGUGCAGGCAGGCGUGUGACGUCCCAUACAAACACAGUUUAUAUGUUUGUUAACCUUCG